GUCAUGCUAUUGCAGCAGUGGCUUGUAUAUGCCUCGCUGAGUGCGCCACUGUCUACAUGGCUCAAUUCGAUACAUCGACCAACGCUGAACCUCCAGCAAUAGUACGCUUCUUGGAUAGUAUCGUGCUCGAAACUGCUGGGGGAAGUUACGAGAUACCAUCCUUCCUGUUGCCUUCGUCUCUGUGCACGCUGGCUCUCUCUAUCAGCGAUCUUCCCAGGAUAAUAGUCACUAACAGAGACGCUGCUUGUGCGACUAUGGCGACGGAUCAGGAUUUGACGAGGCUCGACUAUAUUGCCCUCAUUGGUCCCUUGGUCCCGUAUCUGUGGAUCAUCAUUACUCCCAUCGCAUCAUUCAUCCUUGGUUGUUACCUCUUGGUGUCGCUUAACGUCUUGGGCCAACAUUGGACCGAGGCGUUCAGUUCCCUCAAGAUCCGAGACUACAAGAACUUUGUACGGAUGCAUAUCUCACCCAUCACGGGAGACCUGCAGUGCUUUGUAAUCGGAGUCGAUCACGUCCCCACUCGCUGGGAAAUGGACCCUUAUUGGGAUAGGACUUUAAUGCCGAAAAGCGCACGGGUACCUUCCUGGAAGUGGGUUACUCCUAGCAAGUACCGACCCAGAGUCAAGAAAAAUCCAAAUGGGAAAGCUCUGAAGGGAGGAAGUCAGGCAAAGGUUGUCGACUUUUUCGUGGUGAAGGCUUCGAAGAAGCGUCGGCCUGAGAUGUGUGAAGCGGCACCGUUGGGUGAUGAUUAUUACACAGAAGGGAGGUCGGAAGGAAGUUUCCCUGCGGAAACUUCUGAACCCAACCCUGUCACGGGACUCAUCAGACGGGUCUCAUCUUUCCUGUGGCGGGCUGCGUCUAACGAGUCGCUUGGCGAUGAUUUCAACAUGUGAAUCUUGAUAUAAUUUUUGUGACUCU